GACGCUGCUUGUCGUCUUGUUGGCGCUCGGAUGCGCGGUUGCCGGGGUAACCGACACAACUAAACUAUGAGUGAGGUGAGAGAAGUUUGAGCUCCGGGAUCGGAACAAGGAUAAGAGUCAGGCUGAGGGCGAAGGGAGCAGAACCGGACAAGAGAAACCAGAGGCAGUGCCGGUGGGUGCGGUGCUCAGCAGGUCACUGGCCUGCAAAAUGAAGGAACUCAGAGUGUUUGAAGACUAACAGAGGGACAAGAAUGGGAGGCAAUGAGACACAGAAGAGAGAAACAACAUAAGAAACAGAACUCAGUGCAGAUCCAUAUUACUACCAGAAAAGUAAGUGAGUGAGCAAAACAAAAUAGAAGAAAUAAAAGAUGCCUCCAAAGAAGGAAAAGUCUCCUAAAUCAGCCAAGAAACAGCAGCUGAACUCCAAAGGAUGGGAGGUAGGACUGUUAGCAGCUCAGAUUGAAGAGGACCAGUGGAAGCCAACUAUUUAUUUUGCAGUUGGUGAGAAGCUAGAGAAUGAGAUAUUCCUUGAUGCUCUGUCGGCAGCUAUCAAUGUCCCACUGCGUAAACUUUUCAGUGUAAUUUCUUGGAAAGGAACAAUGAAGCAGAUCUCUGAGCUUGGAGACCCAAAGAAACAGAAGGCAAAUGGUCUUCCUAUGUUUUAUGAGAUCACAGAAGCAGCAUGGGCAUUGCUGGAUAAAGGAGAAGAGCUUCCACUGCCAUUGAUCUGUAAACUGAUCAAGUUCCAGAUCCUGUGCAUUAAACAGAAAGACCUCCAAAAAGGGGGGGUUGAAAAUAAACCCACAGGGGAAGCAGAGGCAACGGUGUUACCAAGUGCUGGCAAGAAAAAAACUGACAAGAAGUCUGCAGGCAAAGCGAAAGGCAAAGUAGAAAAGAAAUCUCCUGAACCACCAGUUGCCAAAAAGACUACUAAACUACUAAAGCGGGGUGAAGUGGAGGUUAUAGAUAGAUGCAUAGAUGAUGAACCAGAUGAUGGUCCUCAACACUACAUCAUAAUACAAGGUUUUCAGAAUCUUCAAUUCCUACUCAUGUUGGAAGAACUUGGAAUUAAGAUAUCUGCUGUAAUAAGAAUCAGUUAUGAAACGAAUAGGAAUAUUGUGCAACUGCACACUGCUGAAUCUGAGAUGCAGCCCCCUCAGACACCCGAAGCUACUGAAGCAGAGAAGCAGCAGAAAGAGGCAGCUAUCAAAAGCCUGGAAUUGUUUUGGAAGUACCUUGAACCAGUUCUGAAUAGUGGAAAACCUGGAUCUAAACUGUUUGAUAUAGCCAGACUCCAGUAUACAGUGAAGGAAAGCAUGUUACCAGAAGAAUGGAAUGAUGAUACAAAGCUGGAGCUUGGUACAGUGAUAUUUGAAGAUAUUGCCACCAUGAUUUAUGAUUGUGAAGACUGGAAACGGCAAUAUCAGAAUUAUCUGCACAAUAUCAAGUUGAUUACUGUCCCUGGAGCUUUAAAAGAUGAAGAGGUACAUGCACUUUACUCUUCUGUCAGCAGGAAGAAACUUUCCUCAGCCAACUUGGCAUCUUAUCUUGAGCAAGAUUCUUCAAGUUUGCGGGUUGAUAUGAGGUACUACAAUGAUUUAAUGAGCUUAGUGCCUUUGGAGAGUCUCUCCGUGCCUUUAAUAUUACACUGUAUGCUGGAACAGGUUGUGGCAACAGAAGAAAGUCUAACUCCUCCAAGUGAACUUGCUCCUAAACCACGGAAAGAUGGACUGGAUCAGAGUCUGGCAGAUCACUUACUAUCUACUGUGAUUAGUCUCUCCAUGUCUGAAGAUGAUAAGCAGAAAAUCAUUAGAGAGCUUAAGGAUCCACAACACAUGCCCGUGAAUAAGCAUUCCACACAUCUAUCAUUUCACAAUGUAGAGGAAAAACAGGAUGACAUAAUAAAAGGAGAUAAGCCACUACCAAAUGAAGAAGGUGCCAAGCCAAAAGGAGAUGUACAGCUACCUGUGCUUGAGGAGGAAGAACAGAAAGUAAUUGAAAUGGGCAAAUAUGAACAAAAGAGGCCAUAUGGAAAGCAGCCCCUGCUCCUUAAUCUGCAUGACGCUAUGACACAGCGGACUCAUCAUCUACAGGUAAUACAUGGCUUUGAUCCUGCUAAAGUUGAGCAGGAAAUGAUGAAAAAGUUACCAAUGACGAAGCUUCUUAAUUUUACUCCCCCUUUGCCUGAGAUUGAUGAUAAACGACUGGCCAGUAUUCAAGACCUAAUGUACUAUUGUACCAGUGAAAAGAUAACAAGUUCUGAGGUGGAAAGAGCUUUCAAGCAAUUUUUGUUUGAGAGCAUGAAGCUCACCAAAGUAGAUGAGAAUGGAGAAUUGGAAGAAAAGGAAGACACAUUUGAAGAAAAUCUUAAACCAACAUCUAUACCCUGGGAUGACCCUGUCAGGUUUGCAAAAGAAAUGAAAGAAAUUGCUAAUAUCAAGAAGGUUGAUGCACAAAACAAUAAUUCAGAGAAACUUGUAGGUGCUUCUGAAAUGGUUGAGAUGCAAAGUAGAAGAGAGAGUUUAACUGAAAAGAAUAAAGCUGAAACUCUAAAGAUUGAUGUAAAAGAAAUAGCAAAACUGCAGCUCCGAUCACUGAUGGAAUGGUGCUAUGCUGAGCAGCAUGAUCCAAUUACUCUGUCACAGGUUCUUCAGGAAGCUGUGCCAUUUUAUAGAUGUGUGGAUACAUACUACCACAGACAGGACAACUCUACGCUUCUGGUCUUACAUAAUCCCAUGAAUGAACAACGCCAAUGUAAGCAAUCUUGGAAAACAGCCCUGCACUCUGAUGUUGGGUUCAGAAAUUAUUUGGAGCAUGUUGCUUCGUUAAUCUCAGACUGGGUAGAAGAAGAAGAAGACGACAAGUAUCAAGAGGAAAUGGCAGCUAAAGAGCUAGAAGCCCAGAAAUUACAAAUAACUCCAUCUGAAGUACCUGCAGAACUUGUAACUAUUUCUGAGAAACCAAAGAAAGGAAAAGAUGCUUCAGCAAGUAAAACUCAAUCAAGUACUCCAGGACCUCAAUUCAAACCAGAAACUGUUGUUGAAGAAGAAGAUAAAGAAAAAAGUAACGAACCUUUCAUGCGUGAGGGAUCACUUAAAGCUUGGAAGAAAGAACAGGAAAAAUUGAAAGAGGAGGACCAGAAAAAAGAUAAAAAAGGCAAGAAAGAGAGGGCAGAAAGCAAAAAGAAGGAAGGAAAGACACCAUCAGUGGCGUCCAAAGCAACUAAAUCAGCAAAAAAAUCAGCAAAGCAGGACACUAAAUCCACCAAAGAGCAAGAAACAACUUCAGUGAUUGUACCAGAAGUUGAACAACCAAAUGAACCAAAGGAAGAAUUUUACAAGUUUACUGGCUACAAUUUUGGAAAUGAUUUGGUUCAGGUAUCUGGAGAAGUCAAGUCUCUUUUUCCUGUUGAUGGAGGACAAAUUCAAGUGAAAAUCAUGAACUUUUUACAUGGUUCGACAAUAAUUCAGGUAUGUCUAAUGAAGGACAAUCAUCAUUUCUUCACCUACAUCACAGAUCCUAUAAAGAGUUUGGAUGAAAACAAAGUUGUUCCAAAAGACAGAAAACAGUCUGAAACCAUUAAGGAAGAGGGAGAAAGGACGAAGUUAUCUGUCAGCAAGUUUGAAUCAUUCUCAGCUGUCCUUGAUGAUGGAAUAAUUUUAACACUUAGUAAAGAUGCCCCUGAGAAGGAACAGAAAGUUGAAGAAGAUCCAAUACUAGCUGAAAUUUUGAAUAUGCCGCCAGUGCAUACCCCUACACCGGCUCCUGUUAUUACUCCACCACCCACUGCUAAAACAGAUAAAUCCUCUAAGAAUAAAAGUGCCCCUUCAGGAAAAGGGAAGCAUAAGAAGGAAAUUGUUUCAAGUGCGCCUGUAGAGGAACCACUCCAACCAAUCAAAGAACCAAAGGUGGAAAUUCAACAGACUGAGCUAGUACCUGCACCAACCCCAGAAGAUGUUCCAGAACCUCCAGUGUUCUUGCGAUUGAAUGCAUGUUCUCCAGAUGGACUGUUGACAACAUUCUUCACAGAACGUUCCAUUGGUAUUAACAAUGAAGAUGAGUGCGAAGAAAGAAUACUACUGCGCCAGAGUUAUCCUAUCAAAACUAAAGGCUCCCAGCCCUGUGAGGCAGCUCGGAAAUGGCCUGCAAUGCAGGAAGCAUCAAGAGUCAUUACCCUCCAAGGAACUGUGGUAAAGUACAUGAUGGAUGGAUCUACUGAGAUUCUAUUUGCUGAUGGGACUGUGAGCAGAAGUCCAGAUUCUGGUCCAGUUUCCAUUCCACAACCACCUUUAGUAACAAGAGAACAGCCUGAGAUGAAAGAUCAAGAACCAAAGAAUGAGAAAGAAUUAAAAAGAGCCCUAAGUGAUGAAGGAAAUAAGAGAGGAAAGCGUGGUGAUGUAGAUCAAUCUGCACCAAGAAAUGAUGCAUCUUCUGCAACAUAUCCUCUACCUGGUACUUGGACAACCACCACACCAAUUGGGUUAGUUAUAGGAACAAAAGGCACAGAAAAGUUGGAUAUAAAACCUAUCUUAGUCUAUAAAGCCACAGAUCCAGGAACUGGAGAAGUAAUGAUUACAAGACAGGACAAGGUAGUUACUGUGUUUGGGAGUGACAACACCAUCGUGGAGCAUGCUGACGGAACCAGGAUUACAACAUUCUUUCAGGAUAUAUCAAUCCCAGAUGACAAGCUGCAAGAUGAAACUGAGGUAACCCCAGAAAAGGUGACUAGGUGUGUUAAAUGCAUAAAGGUGGAGUGCAUGGGAUUUGCCACUGUUUUAAUGAACUGGGAUGACUGCACGUGUUCUGCAGUAUUUGGAAAUGGUACGACCAUCAUUGCCAAGCCUCAGGGCAUUUACCAGGUUUUUCCAGCAAGUGUAGGGAGUCUUUUAAUUGACCAGGAUGGAUGUGCUAUAUACACAUCGGGAACUAAUAAUGAUAUUGUAAAACACUCUACUAUCAAUCCUACAGAACUUCAGCCUGGUGCUUAUUUUAUGAAAUGUAACUCUCCAAUUAUCUGUGAGGUCAUAGAUCCUGAGGGAAAUUAUUUCCAGGUAAUGUUAGAUGGGAAUAUAUUUGCUGCGAUCCACAGUGACGAACAAAAGAGAAAAGAUGACCAAAGGAUUAAACAUGAACCCAUCACUUAUACCAAACAUGCCCCAAGAUUGUUUAUUCUGCAUGCCGAUGGCUCAGGAACUGAACUACUACGAUCAAGAGAUGUAGAAGAAUACAUAUAUCAAGCAUCCUCCAAUUCAACUACUGCAGUUUUGAAAGAACAAUUGCCAGAAUAUCCAGGUGUGUUGGGUAUUACUUUUCUCAAGCCAUCCACCAGGGAUGUUGGAUCACGCUGGCUUAUUAAGAAAGAUACGGCUAGUAUUAUUCCACCUAACCUUCAAUCAAGAAAAUGGAACACUUUUCCUCAAAGAGAGUGCAAGGUACCAGGGCCUCCUAUUGGCAUGCAGCUCUGUGAUCAGCAAGUGCAACAAGCAGAAUCCCCAUCUCUGGCUGUAUUAAAGUGUCCCGCAGUUCUGGAAGUCCGUCAACUUUUUCAACAUCAGCCCAUAAACGCCGAAAUGCAAUUGAAAAUGCAGACCUGCCUUAAGGAAUACAUAGAACGUGUUCUGCAGAAGGAGCAAGUGCUAAAUGAAAUGAGGCUUAAGGAGCCACGAAAUGAAGAAGAGGUUGCCCGCGCUGCCAAUCUGCUCAAAUUGGUUCUGUCUUUACCUGAUGAUGAGCUACGACAAAUGGAAGAGAAGGAAGCAAAUAAAGUUGAUGUAGCUUCAAUUUAUGAGGAAGCUAUAUCGUCCACUUUCCAGAACGUAUCUGAGAGAUACACAUGUGAAUGGAUUGAAGCAGACUCAGAGAGCAACCAAAAACGUAUCUGUGCAUCUCGAUGGCCACAAACAAUGGAACAAUACAGACAGGAGCUUGAAGCAGAUAAAGCCUGCAGAUUAGCUUUGAGGAACAUGAUUGUCCCACCAUAUUUUCAUUCUGAGUUGGACACGGCUUUUGACACAUCUCAGAACUAUGAUAUGGAUUACUUACGAAGUCAGACAAUGAAGAUACCGGGUCCAUCAGCUGAUUCAGGCAUGGGGGUUAUUAAUAGUCCAAUAUACCCAGCUUCAGCUCAUGGAAUAGCAUCAGACACAUGCAGUUUCAAAAGAAACAGCUUUGCACAGCAGAUAGUGACUUCUCAGCAUCAGUAUCCAGCUCCAGAUGUGACGAACAGUCCAACUCCAGCUCCUGGGAUGCAUUCAGACACAUGUCCUCUGAAAAGAAGAGAAAGUUCAUCACAACAGGCAAUGAGCUCUCAGUAUCAGUAUCCCAAACCAGACGUGGCCAACAGCCCAACGUACACAAAUCCAGUUCAUGGAAUGGGGUCAGGCACUUGCAGCCACAGCCCAACACAACAGAUAAUUACUUCUCAAUAUCUAUAUUCCAAACCAGAAGUUAAUAAAAAAUCAACGCACUCAAGUUCUGCUCAACAAACAGAGACAGACACAUGUAGCCUCAAAAGAUCUGGUGGCCCAACACAGAAGGAAGUGUUCCCUCAAUGUCAGUAUUCCAAUCAAGAAACCAUCCUACAAAGAAUUACUGAACAAGACUUGACCUCUCAGAAACCGAACAACUGUUGGUCCUUGCACAAACCACUUUCCAUUCCGGUAAAUGAAUUGAAAGACAUUGGGACAAUAAAUGGAAUGGUGGAAUACAAUCCAGAAGAGUUGCCAGGUAAUGAAAGUAACAUCAUAUUCCACAAAAGCCUGGUACUUGAUGCUGCUAGCCAGCCAAGGAAAGAGAAGGUCAAACUUCCGUCAGCUAUUUUGAGCUCAAAGCCUUUUUCACAACCUAAUAAGAAGUUUGCAGUUAUAGAAGAACCAGUCAGAAGAAAAGUCAAUACCGUUUCCAUUACUGGAGCUGUAGCAAGCGGUCUGUUAAAGGAACCAGUACGAGGCUUUGAGCUGUUUCCAAGGGAAAUGAAUUUUGGUAUCCUACAAGAGGGACUCACUUAUGCCUCUACUGUUACGCUGAAGAAUGUCGGAAUAGACUCAUGCAGAUUUCGAGUGAAGCAGCCACCACCUAGCACAGGGCUCAGAGUGCAUUUUAAACCGGGACCUGUAGCAGCAGGUUUGAAAACUGAUUUGGAAAUUGAGCUUUAUGCCUUGGCAAUUGGUUUGGAGCGUCCUGAAGGAGCAGGAUAUCUUUGUCAUUACCUAGAGAUCCAGACUGAAGCAGAUGAAUUGUUCCUUCCCAUAACUGCAACAGUUUUAACAGAAAAUGUCUACAAGGAAAGACCAGAGGAAUUUCCAAAGGGUGGAAAGACUGCAGGUGUGCGACUGAUCUGUACUGAGCCCACCUUUCACAUGGACAUCGUGCGUCCUCGCAGACUUCUGUCAACAGAUCCAGUUGAUAACUGCAUUCUAUGUGAAACUUGAAGAUUCUAACCUAUUGUGAGACAGACAAUUUUCAUAGAGGCCGUGCACAAUUCUGAUUUGAUGGAGACAGACGUGAGAACACGGAGGAACAUCUGGUGAAACUUCUGAAAUGCCUGCUUCGCUGCCACUGCUACUGUGUGAUCCAAAAUCUCCGGAGGGGAAGGCCCCAAAUCCUUGACUUUGCCUGUUGCUUGGCGGCCGGGUCCAGGCUCGAAGCGCUCGGCAGAGAUGGUGCUCGGUGCUUGGUGUUGGAGGGCUGGUCAGAGGCUCGAAGUUUUCGGACGGACUGAGAGUCGGACUGUGAUCGGGUGCUUCCAGGAUGCUGCAUCGGCAAGUUUGCGGCACUGGAAGCUCAUGGCAGGGAGAGUUUUCUUCCUUCUACCAUCUGCGUGAGAUGAUGGGGCUAUCAGGACUUUGAGACUUUUUUUUUACCGUGCCCAUGGUCUGCUCUUAUCAAAUUGUGGUAUUGCUUUGCACUGUUGUAACUAUAUGUUAUAAUUAUGUGGGUUUUGUCAGUUUUAGUCUUGGUCUGUUUUGUGCUUCUGUGAUAUCAUACCAGAGGAACAUUGUAUCAUUUUUUAAUGCAUGCAUUUCUAAAUGACAAUAAACGAGGACUGAGUGUCCUCAUAAUCUAAUCUAAAAAAUUAAAGAAUCAAUGAGCAAUGCAGCAUGGAUAGAGGCCCUUCAGCUCAUGCCUGGCUAAUUUCCUGUCUUUGGCCCAUAUUCCUCGAAGCCCCACACCUCCAUCUACCUAUCCAUGUGCUUCUUAAAUGAUAUUAUAGUAGCUGCCUCAAGCACUUCUGGCAACUCGUUCUAUAUCCCCACCAUUCUCUGCACGAGAGUGUUCACAGAUCAGCUGCGCAGGUUGCAAGACAAGUUCGUUCCAGUAAGAUGUAAGGACAAGGAUGGUAAGAGAGAUGCUAAGUUGGUUAGCUGAUGAGAGAGAUAUUUAGUCAAGAAGAAGGAAGUGUAUGUCAGACUUAGGAAGCUGGAACUAAACAGGGUGUAUGAUGAUUAUCAAGGAGCAAAAGGGGAAUUCAAGAAGGUACAUAGGAGAACUAGAAGGGGUCAUGUAAAAUCCUUGUCAAGUAGGUUCAAAGUGAAUCCUAAGUAUUUACACAUGCAUCAAGAGCAACAGGAUAACUAUGGAUAGAAUAAGAAUACUCAAGGAAAAAAGAGGGAACUUGUGCCUCGAGGCAGGGGAUGUGGGCGAGGCUGUAAAUGCGUAAUUGUCCUGUGGGAGGUGUGGUUCUUUCUGAUUGUUGAAAAUCACUAUGCUGUGAUUGGUUAGUUUGGAAACUGCAGCUGCUUUUCCUAUUGGUUUACCAGCUGAGUGUGUCCAGUUUCAAAUAUCCUGGGUCCAUGAAGAGCAGCUGUGGGAGUUUUUUUCUCUCUUUCUUUGUCUAAGGCAA